CCGCCCCAUGAUGCCGUGCGGCCCGCGCACAAGAUGGCGGCGGAGCGGCAGGGCGGCCGCGGCGGGGCGGGAGGAGGCGCUGAGGAGAACAAGGAGAACGAGAGGCCGCCGGGGGGCCGGGCCGGCAGCCUCGGGGACAGCUUGGGGCUGGAGAUCCUUCAGAUUGUGAAGGAAUCGCAGCAGCAGCAUGGUUUGCGUCAUGGAGACUUCCAGAGGUACAGGGGUUAUUGCUCCCGUAGGCUACGGCGGCUCCGAAAAACUCUCAACUUCAAGAUGGGAAACAGGCACAAGUUCACUGGGAAGAAGGUGACCGAAGAGAUUCUCUCAGACAACAGGUAUUUGCUGCUGAUACUGAUGGAUGCGGAGAGAGCCUGGAGUUACGCCAUGCAGCUCAAGCAGGAGGCGAACACGGAGCCUCGCAAACGGUUUCACUUGCUGUCCCGCCUGCGCAAGGCCGUGAAGCACGCCGAGGAGCUGGAGAGACUGUGUGAAAGUAACCGAGUAGAUGCCAAAACAAAGCUGGAGGCCCAGGCCUACAUGGCUUACCUCACGGGAAUGCUUCGUUUUGAACACCAGGAGUGGAAGGCGGCAAUGGAAGCUUUCAACAAAUGCAAGACCAUAUACGAGAAACUGGCCAACGCUUUCACAGAAGAGCAAGCUGUGCUGUAUAAUCAGCGCGUGGAAGAGAUUUCUCCCAACAUUCGUUACUGUGCCUAUAAUAUUGGUGACCAGUCUGCUAUGAAUGAGUUGAUGCAGAUGAGACUGAGGUCUGGUGGCACUGAAGGUCUUCUUGCAGAAAAACUGGAGGCACUGAUUACCCAAACUCGAGCAAAGCAGGCAGCCACGAUGAGUGAGGUGGAGUGGAGAGGAAGAACUGUGCCAGUGAAGAUUGAUAAAGUGAGGAUCUUCUUGCUGGGGCUGGCCGACAACGAGGCUGCUAUUGUUCAGGCAGAAAAUGAGGAGACAAAGGAACGUUUGUUUGAAUCUCUACUCAGUGAGUGCAGAGAUGCCAUUCAAGCUGUUCGGGAAGAUCUGAAACCAGACCAGAAGCAGCGGGAACACUCUCUGGAAGGUGAUUCCGGGAAGGUGUCCAACAUCCAGUACUUACACAGUUAUUUGACUUACAUCAAGUUGUCGACAGCCAUCAAGCGCAACGAGAGCAUGGCGAAGUCUCUGCAGAAGGCACUGCUGCAGCAGCAGCGAUCAGAAGAGGAUGGCAAGCGCACCGCGCGGCCUCAGGACCUGAUCCGUCUGUAUGAUAUCAUUUUGCAGAACCUUGUGGAGCUGACGCAGCUUCCUGGCCUAGAAGAGGACAAGAACUUCCAAAAAGAGAUUGGAUUGAAGACGCUUGUGUACAAAGCUUACAGGUGUUUCUUCAUUGCACAGUCCUAUGUCCUGGUAAAGAAGUGGAGUGAAGCUCUUGUUUUGUAUGAAAGAGUGCUGAAAUAUGCUGGUGAAGUUCAGUCGGGAGCUGGAGCUUUUACAAACAGCUUGAAGGAGUUGCCUGAUGUUCAGGAUCUGAUCACUCAAGUCAAUGCAGAGAAGUACUCCUUGCAAGCAGCAGCUAUAUUAGAUGCAAAUGAUAAUCAUGAGACUGAGUCUCCAUCUCAGGUCAAGGAUGGCAAGCCCCUCUCGGAACGGUUUGAGACUUUCUGUCUGGAUCCUUCUCUUGUCAGCAAGCAAGUCAGCCUCGUGCACUUCCCUCCGGGCUUCCAGCCCAUUCCAUGCAAACCCUUGUUCUUUGACCUGGCCCUUAACCAUGUCGCUUUCCCACCUCUGGAAGACAAGGUGGAGCAAAAGGCCAAGAGUGGCCUCACAGGAUAUAUCAAGGGCAUCUUUGGAUUCAAAAGUUAACCAGGACCCCUCUGAGGAACAGAGGUUUUAUCCUGUAUUGAAGGAAAAGCUCCAAGAGGUUCUAGGACAUAAAUAUCUGCAACGAAACCGACAGAGGGAGGUUUUACCAUCUUCUUCCCUAUUUUCUGUGUGUAUGUCUGUGCACUUACAUUCUCGCCCGGUGUAUUAAAGACAAGCAAUUUCUUCAGAAACAUGUACUCUAUAAAUAGCUGAACAUAAUUUGGAGCACAGAGAAAUUCCAUUCCGCUUGGAGAAGCUGGAGCGUGCUUUGUGACCAGUGGCCUCUUCGGGGCUGGUACACAUUUACUUACCACGGACCAGGGCAUAGACAUAACUUGAUUCCUUCCCUGCCCCAGUAUUUGAUGCUAAUUUGGUAUUUUGUUUCAGAAAUUUGGGUAUGAUGGGGAAACAGGCAAAAUUAGAUGCAGAACUGAAACAGCGAGGUGAGGGUGCCCACGCAAAGGGUAUGAAACAAUAGCCAGGGGGCUGCUCCUUGCCUUUCAGCUCCCAGUCCCUGCUGAGAAGCAUAGGUAGUCACGUAAAGAGAAGUCUCUUUAUUUUUUAAAGAAACUGACAUUCAGAAAUGACAAAACGGAGCCUCUUUCCUUAUCAAUAAGGAUGGCAAAUCCCUUACCGAAUGUUGAUGGUUACCCCAGGCGUGUUGGAGUAUAACCUGAGUUUGUACUCUGGGCUGAUGGGAUCCUUCAUCGAUACGUGUUUUGGUAAAUACGUAGCGCAGCAUAGAACAUAAUCCUACAAGGCUUUUCCUGGGAAACUAGCUUCGUGGGUGGCUUCUUGAUCUUCUGGGAAGUUGGGGCUGUCACUGUUGAUUUUGUCUCUGAUCUAAACCUUGUC